AUGGUGACUGCCAACAGCUUCUCAAGUGAGACUCUCCCAAUCCAGACUAAGCUCUUCAUUAACAACGAGUAUGUCUCGGCUAAGUCUGGCAAGACUCUCACAUCUAUCAAUCCCGUGGAUGGCACGCCCAUCGAGAAAUUCGAGGUUGCCGGUCCAGAAGAUAUAGACAUCGCGGCGAAGGCGGCGAGGGAGGCGUUCGAGACGUGGAAAGCCUCUGAUGGGUCCUUUCGCAGGGACUGCCUCUACAAGCUUGCCGAGCUCAUUCAGCUGCACGAAGACCGUCUCGCUGAGCUCGAGAGUCUAGACAAUGGGAAGCCUAUUGUGAUAGCGAAGGCAAUUGACAUCAAGCUUUGUCAGAAAAUAUACAAAUAUUAUGCUGGCUGGGCCGACAAAGUAUUGGGGAGUGUCGUACCAGUUGACGGUUCCAAUAUGUGUCUUACCGUUAAAGAACCCAUUGGCGUGGUUGGGCAGAUCAUUCCUUGGAACUUCCCUCUGGUCAUGCAAUCAAUGAAGUUGGCUCCAGCCCUCGCUGCUGGAUGUACAGUUGUGAUGAAGUUAUCUGAGAAGACACCCCUCACUGGGCUUCUUUUCGGCCAGCUUAUCAACAAGGCUGGAUUCCCUCCUGGAGUAGUCAAUAUCGUCAAUGGUGGUCCUGAUGUUGGUGAGAUCCUGGCACGCCACAUGGAUGUUGACAAGGUUGCAUUCACCGGUAGCAGUGUUACAGGCCCUAAGAUCAUCAAGGCCAGUGCCGAGUCAAAUCUCAAGAAGGUUACUCUCGAACUGGGGGGAAAGUCCCCUAUGAUCGUGUGCGAUGACGCCGACUUAGAUCAGGCCCUAGCGGCAGCUGAUAUAGGAUUGUUCAUCAAUCAUGGCCAGUGUUGCUGCGUCGCUAGCCGUAUCUACGUUCAGCGUGGUGUAUAUGAUGAAUUCGUGAAGAAGGCCGUGCAACGCGCUAAGAACAAGAGAGUCGGGGACCCGCGUGACCGAAAUUGCGACCAAGGACCGCAGUAA